AUGGCGCCGCGUUCGUCGUCCACCUCGCCCACCAAGAAGUCCGCCGCCGGUGGCCACAAAAAGAACAGCAGCACCAGCAGCAACAGCAGCAAGAUCGCGCUGCCCCGCAAGUCCAUCCCGGCGCCACUCACGCGGCUCAAGUUCAUCCCCCAGCGCACCAGCACCGCCGCCCGCCAGCAACGACCCGCUUCCCUCGCGCAGGCCGGCCCCAGCAGGGCCACCAGCAUCAGGAUGUCGCCCUCUCCCACCAAGCUCAUCCCCGCCGCCGGCGCUGCCGCUACUGCCGUCUCCUCCCCCAACCCAUCUGCUGCUGGUCCGCUGUCGCCCGGAGGCGCCGCGGGCUUGAGGCAGCUCCGGAUCCUCAACGCCUCGACGGUCGACCUGCCGGGCACAGCUGGUAGCCCUGAUGCUACCGCUGCUCCCACUCCCGCUACCACCUCUCCCGCCGAGCGCUCCCCGCCGCCCUCCCGCCUGCCCCUCGCCAUCGUGCCCCCGAGCAGGAAGCCCGUCCCGCCCGUGCGCAACCCAGCGCGGCCUCCGCCGGUCAUCAACCAAAUCUCGCCCAUGGGCACCACCACCACCUUCAUCUUCCCUGCCCCGCCCACGGGCCCGGUGCCCCCGGUCCGGCCCCCGCUGCCGCCGCCGUCGCUGUCCACAACCUCCAAGCUCCCCCGCGUCCGCGGUGUCUCCCCGCCGUCUCCAGCCACAACCUCCUCCAAGCUCCCCCGAGUCCGCCGCGGCAUCUCUCCGCCGUCUCCGCCUCCCGGUUUCGCCCCGCCGCAUCUGCCGCCCGCCGCGUACAUCCCUGCCGGCGCGCGCCGUGGCGUCUCGGCGCCGAUUAGGUUCCUUGCUGGCAGCGAUGCUGGUUCUCUCCUUGCGCCGCCGGCUGUUAAUGGCCGUGGCCGUGGUCGUGGAGGAAUGCCGGCGCCUGGUCGUGGUAGUGGCCACGGCCGCGGUAUGCCGCCCCGCUUGCCCAUUCCGAACUUCUCGCGUCCGCUGUGGCGCGUUCGUGGCGGCGCUUGGCCGCGGCGGUCGUCGUCGAUGCCGGUGGCGCCGGCGGGACCGGUGGGCGUUGCCUUCUCCCAGUCGCUGCCGGGGAGGCUGAGUGCGCUGCCGGAAGCGGGCCUUGUGCCUUUCCAGCAGCUGGGCGAGGAGAAGAAGGAAGAGGGAGAGGAGGGAGCGGCUUGGCCUCUGGCUGACAAGCCGCUGCCGCCUCUUCCGAAGAAGGACAACUAG